AAAGGAAAUAAGUUGGCAACCACAAUCGCCGGUAAAUAAAAAAUCAUGGCGCCCGCUAGUAACAUAUUGGUGGAGUCUUUCGCAUCUCUGCAAUCAUUUACAAGAGUGAAAGUUGAACCUGUGGGGAAAUGGUUUGAAAACUUUUUAGAUAACAAGAGUACUGAGUAUAAUAGUCACGUAACAGUAGAUACUUCAGAGUUGAUUGAAGAUGAUGAAGAAUUUUCAGAAGAAAUUGAGAUUGAAGAGAAUUCUGAGUACCUCAGAAAAUUAGAUCCUAAAGACUGGAAGAAUCAAGACCAUUAUGCUGUACUAGGGCUCAAAAAGAAGCGCUUCCAGGCAAAAGAUGAAGACAUUAAAAAGGCUUAUAGAAGAAAAGUUUUAUUGCAUCACCCUGAUAAACGUAGGCAUGCCGGCGAAAAUGUCAAGGACCUUGAUCAUGAUUAUUUUACUUGUAUAACAAAAGCAUAUGAAAUUCUUGGCAAUCCUACAAAACGGCAGUCAUUUGAUAGUGUGGAUCCUGAAUUUGAUGAUGAUAUCCCUCAAAACAAUAAUUACACAAAAGAAAACUUCUUUGAGCAUUUUGAACCAGUUUUUGAUGCUAAUUCCAGAUGGUCCAUUAAGCAACCUGUUCCAAGCCUUGGUAAUAAAGAUGCUACAUUUGAAGAAGUUGAUGCAUUUUAUAGCUUCUGGUAUGAUUUUGAUUCUUGGAGAGAAUUUUCUUAUCUUGAUGAAGAAGAAAAGGAAAAAGGAGAAAAUCGUGAAGAAAGAAAAUGGAUUGAAAAGCAAAACAAAAUUGCUCGACAAAAGAGGAAAAAGGAUGAAAUGGCAAGAAUUCGACAGUUAGUAGACAAUGCUUAUGCUUGUGAUCCAAGGAUAAUGAAAUUCAAGGAAGAUGAAAAACAAAGGAAACUGGCUCAAAAACAAGCAAAACUAGAUGCAGCUAGACAGAAACUUGAAGAAGAGGAAAAAAAAAAACAAGAAGCUUUGGAAGCAGAGAGGAAGCAAAAAGAAAAGGAAGAAGAGGCUGCUAGAUUAAAAAGAGAAAAGGAGAAGAAAGAAAAAGAAGCAUUAAAAAAACUCCAAAAGAAAGAGAGGAAACUUUUACAACAAAUCUGUGAACAAAAUAACUAUUUUGCAUCAGAUGAAGAAACAAAAAUAUCUCAUUUGAAAGAGUUGGAUAAACUGUGCAAUCUGCUGUCACUCCAGCAAUUACAAGCUGUGAAUUCUAAUUUGCAAAAAGAAGAUAGCAAUGAUAAGAAAAAUGUUUUUCUGAAAGAGGUUGAAUCUUUGAAUAAACAGCUCGAAAUAGAAAAAGAACAGCUUAUUGCUACAUCACAACGUUCUACGUCUAAUGCUGAAGAAAAAUCCAACUCUCAAAAGCCAUGGUCACCUGACGAUUUACAGCUUUUGGUUAAAGGUGUCAAUCUUUUUCCUGCUGGUACCAACAACAGAUGGGAAGUUAUUGUAACAUUUAUGUCUCAGCAUUCCACUUCAAACAUAAAACGUACAGCUAAGGAAGUUUUGUCUAAAGCGAAAGAACUCCAAAAGAAAAGUGGAGGAUUAAGAGAGCAAAUCAAUAAGAAUGCUUAUGAAAACUUAGAGAAGAGUCAAAAGCAAAUACCAGUAGCAGUCAAGGAUCAGUCUGCCCCAACUGAGAGAUUUGAUGAUAUUGCUUCAAAUGCUUGGACUGCAGAAGAACAGCAAUUACUAGAACAAGCAUUAAAAACAUAUCCUUCAAGUACUGAAGAAAGAUGGGAGAAAAUUGCUGCUUGUAUUCCUGGCCGUGAUAAAAAAGAUUGCAUUAAAAGAUACAAGGAUUUAGUGGAGAUGGUUAAGGCUAAGAAGGCUGCUCAAGCUACUGCAACUCAAAAAAAUAAGAAGUAGAAUUAUUUUCAGUGUAAAUUAGGCAUUCUUUGUACAUAAGGAAAUAAAUGAACUUUCAAAUAGUUCACCUGUAAAAAAAUUUCAAA